AUGAAAGCCCUGGUCCCGAAGCAGAUAUGGUUUUCACCCACCCAGUUCCCCUGGCCUGUGAACUGGGAAAUGGAGGAGCAAUUUUGGAGCACCACAUCAGGAACAUGUGAGCAACGCUAUGCAGCCCUUUGGCAACACAUAGAAACAACUCCUGCCCGCUGCGUGCCUUUCCCUGUUCCCAAGAAUGCUAGAGGAAGGGCGAUGACCAUGACCACUUCACCGGUGACUGCUGGUAAAGUGAUUGAGGUGCGCCAGGAGGAACUUGCCAUUGUCUUGGACAAGCCGAUGCAGUUUGAUUUGACCGAGCCAGUUGUCUGCCAAGCCGUAUUGCAGCAGACUGUGCCGCCGAUGACGGUGGAGACAUUGCGUAGUGAAGUUCUUGAUGCGGGACAUUUGCCCGGAAUCUUGCAGAGCGCAAUCCGAGCGGAAGUUUUUGCUGUGCUCAGGGCGCUGCAAAUUGCGGAAGGGUCGGCUGAACGCCUUUUCCUCUAG